UGUGUUCGUCGUCGCUCGUCUCUGUACUCAAACUGCGCGCCUUAUUUUAUUUUCCCCAAAAAACUGAAAAAGAAAAAAAAAAAAAAACUGCGCGCGUUUCUUCUCUCUCUGUUUUUAUCAUACAGAUUAAUUAGAGAAAUCACUGAAUCAGCCGUGUGAAGGCCCGGGUCUGCGUGGGCAUGAUUAUGAUCAUAMAAUUCGUUGGCAGUGCCGCAAUCGGCUAAUUUUAGCUGUGUAUUCGAGUUUGAUUUGCUGAUAGGAUUCUAAAUUAUUGGGCCUUUUUGACCUUCAAUGGCGAUCCCUCUGUCGCGAGCUCUUUUAUGGUGGAGAAAAUGGUCCAAGAAAGAUUGGGCGGUUGCAGCCAUCUGUUUCGCUUUCAUUGUUUUCGUUUUUUCUCUCUUCUCCGACUCUUGGCAUGCAGAAGACGGCGGUGUCAACCACGUUUUCGAUCUCAACGCCGCCAAUGACCCCGAUUUGGUUGAUCUAUCCUUGCUGCAGAGUGCCAGAKCAAGAGGCGCUCUAUGUUUGGAUGGGAGCUCGCCUGGAUACCAUUUCCAGAAAGGGUUCGGAUCUGGUUCUAGCAACUGGGUGCUUCACAUUGAGGGUGGAGGUUGGUGCAAUACAGUCUCGUCCUGUUCUUUACGUAAAAUGACGUCGUUGGGUUCAUCGGACUACAUGGAACGCCGUGUUCGUUUUUCUGGAAUUUUAAGUAGUGAUGCGUCCAAAAAUCCUGAUUUCUAUAAUUGGAACAAAAUCAAGAUACGCUACUGUGAUGGAGCAUCAUUUGCCAGCCAUCCUGAGAGUGAGAAUGGAAAUAAACUUUAUUUCAGAGGCCAGCUCAUCUGGGAAGCAGUUAUGGAUGAACUCUUGUCAGCUGGCCUAUCCAAGGCUAGGCAGGCUCUUCUUUCAGGGUGCUCUGCUGGGGGAUUGGCUACCCUUAUACAUUGUGAUGACUUCAGAGAGCUUUUGCCGAAGGAUGCAACUGUCAAGUGUCUGGCUGAUGCUGGAUUUUUCCUCGAUGAGAAAGAUGUUUCAGGAAAUCAUACAAUGAGAUCUUUCUAUCAUGAUGUUUUCAACCUCCAGAAUGCAGUGAAAAGCUUACACAAGGAUUGUACAGCAACAGAAGAACCAUAUAAGUGUCUCUUUCCUCAAGAAAUUAUCAAACACAUAAGAACCCCGUUGUUUCUUGUCAACCCAGCUUAUGAUUUUUGGCAGAUACAAAAUGUCCUGGUACCAAAUGCGUUAAAACCUGCCGGUUCAUGGCAGAAGUGUAGGCUUGAUAUUCAUAAAUGUGAUCAUGCUCAGCUUGAAAUUCUUCAAGGGUUUCGGGACGCGUUGCUGAAGGCACUGAAGGACUUCAAGCACACCAAGGAAGGAGGACUUUUUGUAAAUUCUUGUUUCAUCCAUUGCCAAACAUGGAUGUCUGAGACAUGGCAUUCACCCAAUUCUCCAAGAAUAGAUAAUAGGACUAUAGCAGAGGCUGUGGGUGAUUGGUUCUUCAAACGAAAUUCAGUGAAGCUAAUUGACUGCCCUUUUCCUUGCAAUCCUACCUGCAUUCAUAUGAAUUUUAGCUGAGAUUGAGGGACAUUGGAAAAUUUGGGACUGCUUCAGCCUUCCCUGUUGUCUUCAUCUGUAGUGUCUAAAAGGGCCGGGGAAACAUCUGUCUUCAGGUCCAAGGCUGAUCUCCGGAACAGAACCAGAGGUAUUAUACAUGAUCAUUUUCUUGGUGAAAGAUUUUAGUUUGCUGCGUCUAAUGGCUAAAAAUCAUAUCUAAAAACAUAGGACUCUUGGUUUCUCUAGAGGCCUUAUGUUUACUUCAUCCUUUCCUUUUCCAUAGAACAUCGAUCACUUCCAACAAGGUAUAUUUUAUUUGUUUCAGAAUCUUUAUAUCUUACAGUCCUGUAGUAUUCUUUUUUUUUUUUUUUUAACUUUUGCUUUCUCCUCCACUUUUUGUACAUUAUCCUAAAGUUCUUUCGCCCCACCAAAUAUCAAUAUUGUAAUUUGAUAACUAGACCUGAAAUAUCAUUGUUUGUUAUGGCCCUUGAUUUUGUUAGAUUCUUUCAUGCUUUGAGUCAGCUAUAAAUGUGCAAGUGGCUUAUGAAUGCCGAUUAUUGUGAAAA